AUGUUUCUCACAAAAUGUUUCACGUCAGUGAAGACGGUCGUACACGGGUUUUUCGUCAACUUCUUCCCAAAGAACUUUCCAAAGCGCAAAUUGUUACCUUUGCUCUUGAUGCUUCUUAUUGAGGCGAUGUCGCAAACCAUCAUAAAUUCGUAUGUUGGGUAUUUAAUAGUAGACAUGGGGAUGGCUUCAACGACCAAUGAAUCUGGGAAAUAUAGUGGGUGGUUAGUCUCCUCCUUUUCCAUUGCGCAAUUUCUGAGUUCGUUUUUCAUCGGUUCGCUCUCCGACAAUUUUGGAAGACGGCCGAUACUUCUAGGUGGGACUUUUGGUAUUGCAAUAUGUAACGUUUUGUUUGGGUUCUGUACGAACUAUUACUAUGCCAUCUCAAUCCGACUUUUGAACGGGUUUUUAAAUGGUAACGUCGGAGUGAUCAAGUCAUAUAUGGGAGAAUUGACUGAUGACUCCAACAGAACGCAAACAUUCAACUUCAUAGGGCUGACAUGGUCUGUCGGGGCUGUUUUUGGUAACUUUAUGGGUGGUGUGUUGUAUAACCCCGUCAGACUCUACCCGUCCCUUUUUGGCUCGUCUCACUUUUUUUCCUUGUUUCCCGCUUUGUUACCACAACUGGUCGUCACCUUUUUGGGGUUCUUUGGACUUUCUCUCGCGUAUUUCUAUUUACUUGAAAACGAAAGAAAAGUCGACGAGCAUGCGGUGCAGUCGAAUAAGUUCUACUCGAUCCUCAACUCGCUCAAAAACACGUUUACUGGGAUGUUCCACUUUUUUAGAAAAUCGAACUUGUGGAGCUUGUUUUGCUCGUUUGAGUACUUUUUGUUGGGGUUUGGCCACACGACAUAUAUGACCAUCUUCCCGUUAUUAAUGAUAGCGUCUGUCGGCAAAGGUGGGUUUGGGCAGACAACAAAGGAAGUUGGCUACUUCUCUGCUAUAUCGAGUGUAGCGGGGUUCUUUACAACAGUGUUUUGUUAUAAGCCAUUAGUACACCUCUUAGGAAUUCGCUACGGAUACUUCUUCACGACGUUUUGUACGGCGUUGUUCUAUGGAAUGUACCCAUCACUUGAAGGGUUGAAUGGGUCGAGUGUUCCCGUGAAAUGGCUCUUUUACUCGCUCAAUGCUUUUUGUUGGAAUUUAGUCUCCCAAUGUUCAUUCAGUUCAAUAUUCACUUUGAUCGUGAAUGGUGCAGAUAAAGAUUCGUUGGGAUCCGCAAAUGGAGUGGCUCAAAGUAUGGCGUCUUUUGGUCGAGUCUUAGGUCCUAUAAUGAUCUCACCAUUGUUAUCUUGGGGGCUUACAAAUGGGUUGUCGUAUCCAAUCAACCAAUACCUUCCUUUCUAUAUCAUCACAUGUAUCGGGCUCUUCAACGCCUUUCUUAUAUUAUUAACACCACGCUCCCUCAGUUUCACAAAAUCUGCCAACAAAAGUGAAGAAAAGAACUACACCGAACUCAAAGAAACAAAAAUCGAACUGGAAGAAGAAAUCGGAAAUGAGGAAAAAACGGCAAUGGAUUUGGAUCAUGCAAUCACAACACCUUCACCUCUCCCAAUCCAUCCUUCAAGUACAACUCCGGAUUCUAAAAUUGAUUCAAAAUAG